UCUUCCUGCCUGCUCAGAUGUCCACCACAGCAAAGCUGCGAGUCAUUUUUGAUGAUCUUACUGUGCGCAAAUUGAUUCUACCAUCCGGUAUCCCCAGUACUCUUCAGGAUCUCAAGCUUGUCAUCCAGAGCACAUUCAGCACUCCAGAUGGCUUUUCUCUAAUGUAUCAAGAUGUGGAGUUCGGGGGCCAAUUCUUUACACUGACCUCUAUAGAAGAUGUGCAAGACAGGGGUACGCUCAAAGUUGUUAAAGUUGAACCAGUCAUUGUAGAUCUCUGUGCAGUGGAAGAAUCAGAUGGCGUGUCAUCCACAUCCUUAGCAUCUCAGGACACAAUUUUGCUCUCGUCAUCAUCUGAUGAAAGUCCCUUGUCCCAACCAUGGCCAAGAAAUGUUGAAAUUGGAGAAACAAAAGAGGCAAUGGAAGAAGAGAGGGUGGUUCUACUCACAGAAGUGAAAAAGACCAACAACGAGGAGAUUAUCCGUGAGAAAAUGGAGAAGACCUUUUCGUAUCGACGGUUGGAGGUUGUCAACCAGAUGCCCUCAGUCCCAGAUGUCAUGGCGAGAUGGCCUGCCCUUUUCUAUGAGUCUCAGGUAAAGGAGGAGUUCAAGAGGAUCACAACUAUCCAUCUGGACCCAACCUUUUUGACUAAGCUGGAUCUCUACACUCCAAAACUCCUGACCAUCUUCAAGACAAAGGGUGGGACUGCAGGCACAAAAAUAAACAGCGUCUUGGAGUCACUCAGUCAGAAACAGAUCUAUAGCCAUGAUGCGGUCAUCCGUUGUCUGAUCCAUUUCCUGGGAGAAUCGGCAGAGGAGCUCAUUAAAGACUACCAGCAGGAUGUUUCCAAGGAUGCCAUCGAACAAGACAUCAAAGACCAUGAGAUCAAGAUCCUUGUGCUGGGCAGUGCUGCAGAGGGUGUCCCCCCAACUGAUGUCAUCAUUGUGAUCGAUGGUACAGAGGUAUUGGGUGGUUGUAAAACACUCACCAAUGCUUGCAUUUUGCUCAUGGGCUUUGUGUACUCCCUAGAUCUCAGAUAUCCCCCAAAAUUGCAAUAUACAUUUGAAGUUUUUCAAAAGUUGUUUUUGGAGUUGGAUGAUUUUAAGUUCUCCCCCAAAGUGGAUUCUCUGUGGAGGAAACUGGUACUGUAAAAGGGAAAUGAAACUACAGCACAUGCGGCACAGAUGCAAUUGACUGAAUUGUGAGCUUGUUCAUAACUGUUCAUGA